AUGACAACCUCAAAUCUUACCAACGCAUUGAACAACCGCAAGCUUCGAAUAGAUGAGUCAACAGUCGAGAAUAUCCUUGGAUUUAUGCAUAAUUAUACUACAAAUGUUGUAGAAAUAAAAGUGUCCAUCAAUUCGGGAAACAAAACGCAACGUUUCCCAGAACUCAUGUGGCCUUGGGCAAGCGAAAUUGGUCGAACAAUAAUCUCUCUAACUGCACGAUACACGUCUUCCGUGCAACUUUGGUGGCAUUUCCCGCUAAGCCCGCUUAAUGGUGGGAUAGAAAAAGUGGAUGUUCUUGUUUCUGUGAAAAAUUAUGGAUGUUUACCAACAGAAAGCAAAGGAUCUGAACGUGUCUUUGACUUUCUGUUGGAUCAGCUUUCUCAUUCAGACGACACCCAUAAUUAUAAGUUAUGUCGUGCAUUUAAUAAUGAAAAAGAAUCAGUAAAACAAUAUAAUUGUUGCAGAGUGGCCAGUGGUGAAAAGCGGACGAUUUGUGCUAAAUACUUAUCAUUCGCAGUGAAAUCUAUUCAAUACGGUGUGCUUUUAUUUGGAUUCGUCAUUUUAUAUAUUGGUUUCCCUUUAAUAAUUUCAGAUCCCGACGAUGAAAAAGUGCAUUAUGAAAUUAUGGACAGUCCAUUGGCACUUUCAACAACUUUCUAUACCCUGUAUAAUGAAGGACAUGUUUCAGGGGUGAUAAUCGCAACCAUUAUCACUUUAACUACUCCCCCUGCUUAUUUGAUUGUUCUGCUGUUUUCUUGUCAUAUUCCUUGUAUGGCUUUUGACAUUUUUGUGUUAAAUGAAAAUGAUCCUGAGCUGCUGAAUCGACUAUCAGUUAAUGUGUAUAAUGCCCAUAUAACCAUCCUUACUUUACCUUUGAAUAUCAAAUUCUGGUGGAAUAUUUUAACGUUAAAAUUCUCGAACUACCAGACACGUACGCCUAAGUUUUGUUAUGUUUUAGUUUCCGUAAUCUGCUUUCCUUUUGCUUUUAUUAUUGUUUCUGGGUUCAAUUUGAUUUCAUCUUUGCACGUGGUGAUAUAUAGAACAUUAUGCUUUGGGAUUUUUACUUCUUUUAAACUUUGGAAAUUAUUUGUUUUAUUACUACAACCAAUAGCACUUGGUGUGCUCAUGUGUUUCAUUGUCAUAUGCUUAUUUUCAACGUUCUUGUUUACUGCUGCUAUUUACCUUAACGGAGAAUUUUUUGGUCCAAUCGCCGUGCCCGUAAUAGGUCUUGUUGUUUAUCUCUGGAAAUACUGGAAAUUUUUUAUUGAAAUAAAGUACUUGGUUCUUAAAACAAACACGUACGAAGUAUGCAAGGAAUUAUGGGAAAACAAUGAAGCACCUGUUCAAAAUCCUGAAGGAAAUUUAGAGGUCUUUACAGUAAAUGUUAAGGAUGGAAAGAUUCUGAAAACUCUCUAUAACAAGAUAAGAGAAAAGAUUUUGCCCUAUGACAAAGUCUUAUUUUAUUUUUUUGCUAGAAUGGUCUUCGUUGCCACUUUCUUUCUUAUUUUAUAUGCCAUGAUGUCAUCAACCCAAAAAUCCAACAUCUCAAGCUCUGCACAAAUAAUCAGCUCAUUAAUAGUGAGUACGUUCCCGCUUUUUUUCGACGCAAUUUGGGACGAAGGUACACUUGUGAAAAAAUAUGUAGGUAACACAGAACAAAAGCAAAUGAUACGCGAAAUCAUUUCAUUGAAGGGGAAAACUGGCGAUACGAUAACGAUUAGCAUGCACUAAAACAGAUGAGGAACACACUCCCAUCACUAACUGGGACGACAUCAAUAUUGGCUCGAUUAACCCAAUUUGGAAAAGCGUAAUCUAUUAAAUUAAGAUAUGAUGGUAUGGAAUCCCGGCAAACUUCAAAGGCACGAAGACCUUUGUUUGAUGUUGAACUGUACCUUACCACGCACAAAUUCUUUUGCCUCAACUUCAUUAAAUAUUAUUCAUUGUGGCUGCACGUUUCAUCUCAGUUAUCCCUAUUGGACGAUUACUUCAUUAUAUGAAAAUACAAUGAGCUCAAUCACCGUGACCGUGCGCAAAUUAAAGUGCGACUAACCACUAAUAUGAUUUUUGGUAUGUGUAAUAUUUGGGUCAUUUGAAGAAGAAAUGUAAUAUAUCUUUAUAAUAAAAAAAUCCAUCCAGAUCAACUUUUUC